CGGAACCGCCCGGCCGCGCCCGCCGAGUCGCGGGGCUGGGAUGCGCGCCGCGAGCGCACGUGCCCGCCCGCAGUGCGCGCGCCCCGGCCCGAGCGAGCGCUCCCGGCGGCGUUGGCGGCGGCGACGGCGGCGACGGCGACGCGGCCCGCGCGCUCCCCCGGCCCCUGCCCCGGCUGCGCGGGCCCCCGCCGGGCCCAUGGACGGCGCAGCCGAGCGGGCGCCCUGAGCGCGGCGCGGGUCCCCGGAGCGCCCCCGAGGCGAGCGCGAGCGAGGUCCGGCACCAUGUGCUAGGUCACUCCCAGCGCAAGGCCACACCUGGGCCGUCGGAGCAGCCCCCCCUCACUUCAGGGGUCACCCUCCCCAGCACCCAUUGCCCCACCAUGGCCGGGGACCGGCUCCCGAGGAAGGUUAUGGACGCCAAGAAGCUGGCCAGCCUGCUGCGGGGCGGGCCUGGGGGGCCGCUGGUCAUCGACAGCCGCUCCUUCGUGGAGUACAACAGCUGGCAUGUGCUCAGCUCCGUCAACAUCUGCUGCUCCAAGCUGGUGAAGCGGCGGCUGCAGCAGGGCAAGGUGACCAUUGCGGAACUCAUCCAGCCGGCUGCACGCAGCCAGGUGGAGGCCACAGAGCCACAGGACGUGGUGGUCUAUGACCAGAGCACGCGGGACGCCAGCGUGCUGGCCGCAGACAGCUUCCUCUCCAUCCUGCUGAGCAAGCUGGACGGCUGCUUCGACAGCGUGGCCAUCCUCACGGGGGGCUUUGCCACCUUCUCCUCCUGCUUCCCCGGCCUCUGCGAGGGCAAGCCUGCUGCCCUGCUACCCAUGAGCCUCUCCCAGCCCUGCCUGCCCGUGCCCAGCGUGGGCCUGACCCGCAUCCUGCCUCACCUCUACCUGGGCUCGCAGAAAGACGUGCUGAACAAGGAUCUGAUGACGCAGAAUGGAAUAAGCUACGUCCUCAACGCCAGCAACUCCUGCCCCAAGCCUGACUUCAUCUGCGAGAGCCGCUUCAUGAGGGUCCCCAUCAAUGACAACUACUGUGAAAAACUGCUGCCCUGGCUGGACAAGUCCAUCGAGUUCAUCGAUAAAGCCAAGCUCUCCAGCUGCCAAGUCAUCGUCCACUGUCUGGCCGGCAUCUCCCGUUCUGCCACUAUCGCCAUCGCCUACAUCAUGAAGACCAUGGGCAUGUCCUCCGACGACGCCUACAGGUUCGUGAAGGACAGGCGCCCAUCCAUCUCGCCCAACUUCAACUUCCUGGGCCAGCUGCUGGAGUACGAGCGCAGCCUGAAGCUGCUGGCCGCCCUGCAGAGCGACGCGGGCACCCCCUCAGGGACGCCGGAGCCUCCGCCCAGCCCUGCUGCCGGGGCCCCACUGCCACGGCUGCCACCACCUACCUCAGAGAGCGCUGCCACCGGGAAUGCGGCUGCCAGGGAGGGCGGCCUGAGCACGGGCGGGGAGCCUCCCGCGCCCCCCACGCCCCCCACGCCCCCGGCCACCAGCGCGCUGCAGCAGGGUCUGCGGGGCCUGCACCUCUCCUCGGACCGCCUGCAGGACACCAACCGCCUCAAGCGCUCCUUCUCGCUGGACAUCAAGUCGGCCUACGCCCCCAGCAGGCGGCCUGACGGCCCCGGGCCCCCCGACCCCGGCGAGGCCCCGAAACUCUGCAAGCUGGACAGCCCAUCGGGGACCGCGCUGGGCCUGCCCUCUCCCAGCCCGGACAGCCCGGACUCCGCACCCGAGGCGCGCCCACGGCCUCGCCGGCGACCGCGGCCCCCCGCCGGCUCCCCCGCACGCUCCCCCGCGCACAGCCUCGGCCUGAACUUUGGCGACGCGGCCCGGCAGACUCCGCGGCACGGCCUCUCCGCCCUGUCGGCGCCCGGGCUGCCCGGUCCUGGCCAGCCAGCCGGCCCUGGGGCUUGGGCACCGCCGCUCGACUCCCCGGGCACGCCGUCGCCCGACGGGCCCUGGUGCUUCAGCCCCGAGGGCGCGCAGGGGGCGGGCGGGGUGCUGUUUGCGCCCUUCGGCCGGGUGGGCGCCCCGGGACCGGGCGGCGGCAGCAGCGACCUGCGGCACCGGGAGGCAGCGAGGGCUGAGCCCCGGGACGCGCGGACCGGCUGGCCGGACGAGCCGGCCCCGGAGACGCAGUUCAAGCGCCGCAGCUGCCAGAUGGAGUUCGAGGAGGGCAUGGUGGAGGGGCGUGCGCGCGGCGAGGAGCUGGCCGCCCUGGGCAAGCAGGCGAGCUUCUCGGGCAGCGUGGAGGUCAUCGAGGUGUCCUGACCCCUCCGCUGCCCUCCACUCCGCCCCCCGCAGCCGGGCCCGUUAUAAAUAUAUAUUAUAUAUAAUGCAAAGAAAGGUAAAUGGUUUUACUGGGAUUUUUAUCGAGAAGUAAAUAUUUCGAUUUUUUAUUUAUUUAAGCUGUUCAUUCUGGCAAUGAUUUGGCAACAGUGCGGGUGGUCCUCGAGCUCUAUUUUUACUGUCUGGUAUUUAAACUGAAACACACGUUUCUAAGCAAUACGAGGCCACCUUCAGUCGCAAGCUGGGUGCCAGGCCUGGGGCCCUUCCCAGUUCCCCCGCCCCAGGAAACUCUGCUGACCUUUGCAAAAGCUGCCAAGCUUUCGUGCACUUUUUACAUAAGAAAAAGGUGAAAAAAAGGAAAAAAAAAAAAAAAAACUUCUUUGCCACAAACUGAGCCGCAGAACCUCCCUUCUUCCCCCACCCACCUCUCCUGCUCUCUCCCUUCUCUGCGCCAGCCUAGGGCUCUGCACCAAAGCCAUAGGUUGGAGGAGCAGGAGCUGGUGUGCUCCGGAGCGGUGCGGCCAACCCUCCACCAGCUCCAGACGCCAAAUCUUGGUGGCAGGGAGGGCACCCCACUGCCUGUUGCCCCAGAGCUGUUCCCUGGCAGGGGAGGACAGGCAUUAGGCCCCAUGGUGCCGGGGUGUUCAGAGAGGCUGAGGAAUAGAACAGUGUGUGUAGGGGCUUGGGGCAGCGGGUUCUGGAGUGUCAGAUGAGGUGGAGGACAGGGGAGGACAGGGGUGUUAGUGCCCCCACUUCCUGCCAGGGCCCCAGUCCAGCCACAGAGUGGCUCAGAAAGGCCAUUAAGAGGGCUGCGGCCCUCCCUUCUCCCUUGCCCGUGCCCCUAGAGCUGCCUCUCGGGCAGGGCGGCACCACUGCAGCAGAGGAGCCUGGCCUCUGGGAGUCAGGCAGGAGGGGCCUGGCUAGCCAGUGCUGGCUCCACUGGGCAGGGAGCCCUGGACCCCCAGGUAUGAGGAGGGGGUGGGCUUAGGGUCCUGUUCCAGGUCCGUCCCCCACCUAUCAAGGCCCGAGGCAGAACUUGGAAUUCAGGCUCACCUGCAGGCCGAGGGGUUCCCCAAGCAGGUGCUGCUCACACAGGGAGUUCAGGCGCCAGCCAAGCCCCUGUCCUUCUGUGGUAGGCCUGCUUCACUUAGGGAGCGCUGCCUCAAGGCAGAUAAAGCUCCCUUGUUUGCCCCUACACCCAUGGGGGCCUCUCGAGAGAGAAACUCCCGUUCACCCCUUUCCCAGGGCACUCACUCUCUAGGUGGCAUGCCAGCCCCCACACACAGGUGGCUUUUGGGCCCAGGUGGGUCUGCCUGCUGCCCCUGCCCUGUACCCUCUCAGGCCGUUGGGACCCCUGCCCUUCAGACGUCCAAGGGUCUAGGAGUGGGGCCAGUCACCAUGGGAAGAGGCCAGGGGCUUGGCAGGAGAGGCGGCCCAGGUAGGACCCAGUCCUGAGUCCAGAGCAGGGCCAGGGAGGCGCCCACCCCGCCCCGGCCAGCCGCCCUCUCUGUUGUUUCUUCUAUUUGUUGUUCUUUUCACCCACAGCCCUGUGUUCCUGUCAUCCCUCCUUUCAGCAAAAGUCCUGUUCCCGUUCCCUCUGUCCCCACCCACUCCUGUUCCCCAAGAAAAUAAGCUAUCGUUGUUGUAUUUGCAAUCUAUGGAUUAGAGGUUUAAGUAUUUAUUAUUAUUGGUUAAUUAUUAUUAAUUAUGUAAAUUUGCCUCCUGUCUGUCUGUUGCAUUGGGUUUCUGAGGAGACCCUGGGUGAGGAGGAUGCACUGGCUCCCCGCUUCUCGCCCCCCACCCCUGUGCUGUCCAGGAGGCAGUGGUCUGGGGCCACUGGUUGGGCCCCCCUCCUCCCCUUCCCUUGUCCCUUCUCCAGGCUGUGGGGGGGGGGGGAGUCCUGUCUGUCUCAGUCUGUCUCUGCUCCCACUCUUGAGGCACUGGUCACCCCAAAGUGAGCUGCCAGGGUGGGGAAGAAGGUCCUGUGUUGACCACUGCCUCCUCCAGUGCUGCGGGAGGCGGGCUGGGGCCCCACCUGGUGGCUUUCUCCCCACUGGGCCCUGAGUCCUCUCCAAGCCUCUCCCUACCCCUCUCACCCGGCCACUGCCUGGCUUUGGGAUCGCCCCACAAUGGACCCGGCCCCUCCUGUUAUUUGCUGGGAAGUCCAGCGGAGGAGAGGGUGCAGGUCCCCCGCCGAGCCUCCAGUCUCUGUGGACUGGGCUGCCGGCCCUUCCGCACCCCCUUAGAGCCCCUCCCGCCGCGGCUGCACCUUCCGCUCCGGGCCCCUCCCUUUGUAUUUGGAGACAAUGUGUUGUAAUAAAGCUUAAAGUGGAUGUUUUC